AUGGCCACACUUCACAGAGAAGUUAUCAAUUGUGAAUUCCCUGUGUUAGAUGACACGCUACUGGAGCAGUUUGUGUGUGGGAUUAGGGACUUGCACCUAGAGUGGAGGUUGUUGGCUCAUUCUGAAAUCACCGUCCCAAUAGCAGUCAAUGAGGCCAAAGCUGAUGAAAUGGCUGAGAGAUCGACAGUCCAAAUUCAGCUCUAUUUGGCAGCAGCCUCCUCAGGACUGAAAUUGGCUGCUGUCAACCACCAGGGAAUCCCUGAGGAAGAGGUAGAUGAAGGCUCUGAGGGGAUCGACUGCCUCAAGACACAAUCUGCCAAAUGGCCACAGGAGGGUUGCCUCAGUUGUGAAGGCAACCAUUACAGAUCAAAUUGCCAUUUUAAAAUUGCCAUAUGCAGAUGCUGCUGCAGGAAGGGGCAUUUGGCCAGUGUUUGCCAUGCUUCCAUGCCUACACCCAGCCAGGCAGGGGACAGCUACGGGGAGAAGAAUGUGGUGACUAAGAACUAUCAGCAUGUCUUGGCUUUGGAAUUUGCAGUAAAAAAGAUCAAUGAAAAUCCCUUCAUUUUACCCAAUGUCACCUUGGGAUUCCACAUAUAUGAUAUCUAUUCUGAUGCCAGAUUGACCUACCAAGCCACAAUGCAACUUAUUUGUACAAAAAACAAAUUUAUUCCCAAUUAUGAGUGUGGCCUCAAUGAUAAAUUAAGUGCAAUCAUAGGGGGACUUCGCUCAGAUACAUCCCACCUGAUAUCAAACGUUUUAGGUAUCUAUAAGACUCCACAGCUCCUGUAUGGUUCUACUCUGAAAAGGACAAAUAAAACUGAAUUCCUUUCCCCUUAUCGGAUGGUUCCAGAUGACACCAUUCAGUAUCUAGGAAUUCUGCAGUUACUCCUCCAUUUCAAAUGGAUAUGGAUUGGAUUCAUCGCUGAUGACAAAGAUAAUGGAGAAAUGUUUCUGAAGCUCAUGCUUCCAUUAUUUUCUGAGAGAGGAAUCUGUUUAGCUUUUACAGAAACAUGCCCUGAGAAUGUAAGUUUUGAGGAUUAUAAGGAAGAUAUAAUAAGGAAAGGGUCUGAAAUGUAUAAUAAAAUCAUGAACAGUGUAGCCACUGCUUUGAUCUUCUACGGAGAAGCUGAUUCAAUCAUAUUUUUGAGAUGGGUGCUGUACUUUCCAGAAAUAGAAGUCAGUUUAUGCAAACCCAAAGGCAAAGUCUGGAUUUUUACUGCCCAAAUGGAGAUAAAAUCACUUGUUUAUCAAUGGGUUUGGGAUAUUCAGGUCCUCCAUGGUGCUUUGUCUUUUGCAAUCCAUUCUAAAGACCUGCAGCAAUUUAAACUGUUUAUUCAGGAAAGGAAACCUUCCAGUGCAAGAGGAGAUGGUUUAAUCACAGAUUUCUGGGAACAGGCCUUUCGCUGUGUUUUCCCCAAUACUUUUUCAGGUCAAAUUGAAGGUGAUAUCUGUAGUGGAGAAGAGAGACUUGAAAGUCUUUUGGGGCCCUUUUUUGAACUAAGCAUGACUGGUCACAGCUACAGCAUCUAUAAUGCUGUCUAUGCAGUGGCCCAUGCAUUGGAUGCAUUGUUUGUAUCAACCUCCAAACCUAGAACAAUGAUGAAAGAAGAGAAGAUAAUAAAACUGAAUUAUCAACCAUGGCAGUUAGCCUUUUUGAGUUAUUUACUAGGUAUGUCAAUCCUGGAUUACUGCAGCUACUUUCUAGAUGGUCACUUCUAUUUGGAAGAUGCAGCUGAAUGCUUUCAUUGCCAAGAAAAUCAUUACCCAAAUAAAGAUAAUAAUUUAUGCAUUCCCAAGGGCAUAGACUUUUUGUCCUAUGAAGAGCUCCUAGGAAUUGGUUUAAUUCUUGGGAUUCUUUCAUGUUCCUUGAUAACCAUUCUGGUUCUUGGAAUAUUUCUGAAGCACCACAAUACCCCUAUUGUCAAAGCCAACAACCGGAAUCUCACAUACAUUCUCCUUGUCUCACUCUUACUCUGCUUUCUUUGUGCAUUACUCUUUAUUGGCAAACCUACUCAGGUGACCUGUCAUCUCCGACAAAUUAUUUUUGCCAUUACAUUUUCAGUGGCUGUUUCUUGUCUGUUGGCCAAAACCAUGACUGUUGUUUUGGCUUUUAUGGCCACCAAUCCAGCAUCAAAGAUCAAAAAAUGGGUAGGGAGAAAACUAGCCACUUCCACUGUUCUUUGCUGUUCCCUUAUUCAAGCAAGUAUUUGUGCUAUGUGGGUGACAACCUCUCCCCCAUUUCCUUCUGCUGAUACACAUUCAGCACCAAAUGAAAUUGUCUUGCAAUGUAGUGAGGGUUCAGAUGGAAUGUUUUACUAUGUUUUUGGUUACUUGGGUUUCUUGGCAUGUGCAAGUUUCACUGUAGCUUUCCUUGCCAGGAAAUUACCUGAUAGUUUCAAUGAAGCCAAGUUCAUCACUUUCAGCAUGCUGGUUUUCUGCAGUGUUUGGCUCUCCUUUGUUCCAACCUAUCUGAGCACCAAAGGGAAGUACAUGGUGGCUGUGGAGAUCUUUUCAAUUUUAGCCUCCGGUGCGGGGCUGUUGGGCUGUAUCUUUUUCCCCAAAUGUUAUAUUAUUUUGCUGAAACCUAAACUAAACACAAGGGAACAAUUAACAAGAAGAAAUCCCUAA